CACAUCCAGUAGCUCGUCAUUCUCUAAAAAACGAAAAGUUCGUAGUAAGCUAUUUUCUGAGCAUCUCUUUUCAGAAACAGAUCUUCCUCCUGAGCAUCCUAAUGCAAAAACCCAUCGAGAAGUAAUAUGUCUUACUUGUCUAAAUGGAGAAAAAACCUGGCUUCGAAAAAUUGGAGAUUUUAAUACAUCAAAUUUGUGGCGGUAUCUUGAAAGUCAUUAUCCUGAUAAAGAUUUACGACGACAAGAUAUAUUAGAAGAAUUUAUGAAUCAAAGUAACUCUUUGCCUGAAUUCUCACAAGCAACCUUUCGUAAAUUUCUUGCACAAUGGGUGAUUUCUGAUAGUCAACUAUUUACGACUUUAGAAAAUAUACAUUUUCAUCGCUUAGUAAAAUUGUUAAAUCUACAUGCUUUAGUUCCUAGAGAGGAUACAAUAAGAAACGAUAUAAUUAAAAGCUUUGAAGAGGAACGUAGAAAACUCAUAAUCUUAUUUCAAAAUAUUCCUGGAAAAAUUUCAUUUGCGAUAGAUGUAUGGACAUUGCCAAAUGCAUAUUCAUUUCUAGCAAUUACAGCACACUGGAUCACUAACAAUUGGGAACUCAAAAAUAUUUUGAUUGAUUUUAUUGAUCUUAUGGGUCCCCAUUCUGGAGAGAACCUAUGCAAUGCAUUUGUUAGAUGUUGCCGUGAGUUGGGAAUCUUAACGAAGAUGUUUGCCAUUACUAGUGACAAUGCCACAAACAAUGAUACUUUCAUGAGAUGUGUGCAAGAUAUUUUAAAAAAUCUCAAGGCUGGCAAAGCACAAAUCGAGAAUAAUAUUCUGAAUAAUAUAAACACAUCAUUGAAUACUGGAGAAAUUAUUCCAAAACUUAGAAAGCUCAUUGUUAAUAUUAGAUCUUCUCCACAACGUCGAGAACGAUUUGCAUAUCAAGCAAAAGCUGCUGGGCUUAAAGAUAAGAUGCGUGAAGCAUUGGAUGCAAUUACAAGUUUAAAUAAAGAACUUAAAAUGUUUGAACUUAAUGAUAACGAAUGGAGUAAAAUUAAAGAAAUC